GCCUCUGUGGGCAAUCACACCCGAAAGGCUUUGAUCACCGCUGGGAGGACAUCCGCAUGCUCGCCUUUUGACUUUUGUUUUGAUUCUUGAUAUAUAAGUCAUUGUUGUCGCUGGUGUUUUGUGACUGGUGCCUGGAUCACCCUGAGCCUCAGGAGCGGGACAUGAAUGCGCGGCAGAGUGUUUCAGGCUCCGGCGGGACUGCAAACUAAUUCACCACCAGGCCGCUCGCAGCCAGGCGGGGAUCUCUGUGGACUGCACGGAUCCCGCUUGCUCCCUGACGGUUUGUUUAUCACUGUGGAGGGCCAGUGUGUGUGUGUUUGAGUGUGUGUGUAUAGUGGGACAGCUCGCUCAUGGACCCGCUGGAUUUCCUGGACGAUGAGCAGCUGCUGCGGUUCUUCCACUGUAACAAGACGGAGAUGUCGUGCAUGGAAAAGCCGCAGACCUUCCUCAACAAGCUCAGGGACCAUAAUCUGGUUCCGGAAGAUGACUACAAGAAAGUGAUUCGCAUGAAGAGCAAAGACAACAUCAAGACAGGUCUUUAUGGGAUUCUGGACUGGCUGGAGAGUGAGCGGCCACAGCACAUUCGUCUGUUCUGGACCUGCGUCUUCACGGAGAGCAUCAUAAACCAGUACCCCGUCCUGCGACUGCUGCGCAACAGCCUCUUUGACGGGUCCUUCCAGUUUUCCGGGGAACUACCUGAGAGGGUGGAAAGGAUAGAGACAAAAGAGGAGAAGAGGAAGCAGCCUGCAGAAAAUGAGGAUGAGGAAGGCAAAAGGGGAAAAACGGGGGGAAAGAAGAGACAGAAAACAAAGCAUAUUGAUAAUGAAGAUGAGCAGCCCAGCACAUCUUCCCAGAUGACUCCAGGCCAGAAGAAGAAGCUCCAGAAACCAACCUACGGUUCUCCCCUGAAGAAGGGACAGAUGGGUGACAUUUGGAACUGGCCAAUCUAUAAAACCCAGCUACCAGUGACCUGUGGAAAGCAGGAGGGCACGCUCAACAGAGACAGACUGGCUAAAGGGAUGAAGUGCAUCGUGGUCGACAACAAGUGGUUUACUCCAAUUGAAUUUGAGAAGUUCUCAGGAAAGACUAGUUUUAAGAACUGGAAACUCAGCAUCCGAUGUAGGGACACCACCCUGGGAAAACUUAUAAAGGAUGGACACCUGAAGACCCCAGGCUACAAGAGAGCGAGCACAAAGAAAUCGCUGUUCCCCUCAGACCAGUCACAGGACACAGAGGAUGAAGACGAGGAAGUUACCCAGGACGAGGAAGACCAGAAAUCAACAUCUGAUGAAGGAAGUCUCACGGAUUUCACGGAGGAUGAAAGUGAAGAGGAGGAAGAGUCUCCGCAGCAGAGUCCAGGUGGAAGCCAUGACAGCAACAACAAGAAAGUGUUCAGAGUCACAUGUGGAGCUUUAACCGGAACAUUACAUAAAUCUCGAUUUGCAACAGGGACUCGUGGGAAGAGUAUUCGCACAGAAAAAUGCUGGAUGACCCCAGUGGAAUUUGUGCAGGAGGGAUGUUCAGACCCGGACGCUUCUUGGAAGAAAGACAUCGAGUGGGAGGGGAACCCACUUGGUGCCCUCUUUGAGACGAAAGCCAUGGAAAUCCACUCAGUGCUGUGUAAAUGCAGAUUCUGCAAACCAGAUCAGGAAAGCCUGGAGAAUCAGAAGAAUGAUGACGAGUGUUUCAUCUGUAGAAGUCACGACGAGGAAGACCUGGUGGUGUGUGAUCAUUGCCCUCGUUCCUUCCACCCGAAAUGUCACCUGCCUCAUGUAACAGACUCCAUGUUGAGAGAUAACAGACAAUGGAUGUGUACAUUCUGUGUAUUAAGGACCACUCAGCAGUGGCUUCGCACUGCACAGGUGACCUGUGAAACUGUCUUGUCCCGGCCAAUAUCGCAGCACUUGAUGGAAUGCCAGUAUCUCCUCCUGUCUCUGUAUAAUGCAGAUGAGGAUCAAAUAUUUGCUACAGAUCCAAGACACCAUGUGAGAGAUUACGCCACCUCAGUCAAGACUCCAAUAUGGCUGGAAAAGAUAUCAGAAAAGCUACAGAAGAAAUGCUACCAGACUGUUGGAGAGUUUGAGUCUGAUGUCCAGCUCAUCUUUAGCAACUGUGCUGCGUUCAACAGGGAUAAUGAAGAAUUCCGGAUAGUGGGCGUCACACUGAAGGAGUUUUUUGACAGAGAGUUUAAGAAUGUAUUCCGCAUCCAAGAGGAGACGGACCAAUAAACAGUAUUUUCACACUGUGUGUCCACCAUACUGGGAGAAUGUUCAAAGAGUUAAUUCCCAAAAGUCUAUAUGCAUUUUGGGAGAAGAAAAAACAAAAAAAACAAAACUCUAGUGUUGUUGGAAAUAUUAUCAUGUUUCCAGUCAUGGACUGCCAAUUCUUUUAUUUGGAGAUUAUUUUGCAGAGGUAAGGAUCACUAUCUUCAAACCCAGAAUAUCUCAUUUUAGAAUGAUACUGCUGAUAUGGAAAUGCAUGAUUCAACAGUAUUCUUAUUAACCCAUAGUAUCUUUACCAUUUCAUUUUUCAACAAGUAAUAAUCUUGCAUUCUGUCUAAAAUUCCAAUUUUUUCUCAAAACAUGAAAAACUUUGCAUGAAAUUAUUCAAUUUAUUUGAAUAUACUGAAACUUUUUCUUGAAACAAAUUUGGCUUCCUUUUCUUGAAACAAAGAAAGCAUUUGUAAUAAUAAUAAUGAUAGAUUUUAGAUUUGUGGGAGAUUGGCACUUACCUUGUGGUUUGUGGCUGUCAGUAGGUUUUAGUAAGACAAUUUUUUUUUUUUAUAGUUGCACAUUUUUUGAAUAAUUAUACAAAAAUAGAGGUAACUUAAAUCAGACCAUAUGCAGUUUGAAAUGGGAGAGCACACCGCUUCAUGUUUCUUGAUGUUAAGGACAAGGCUGAUUAAGGAUCAAACCCCUCAGGUUCAUGCCAAGACUAAUAACCUAGAGAAUUAAUGUAACACUUUUAAAUGUCUGUGUUGAAUCUAAUGUUUUGAUGUCAAAUGUUCACAAAAACAUAAACAACAGAGUGAAAUACGUCUUUGGGGUUAUGAUGGAUUUGUCCUGAACUCAUCAAGCUGGGGUGUCCUCCCCUUUGAGGCUGCAUAAUCUGACUUUGACUCAAAGUAUUUUAGAGAUUUUCUCCAGGAGCAAAUGCAGUUCAUGUAUCUUGCCCCAACAUCUGAUCACAUGAACUGAAUCAUUUUUUGUUUUGGUAUCACACUGAUGUUACAUCAUGUAGUUACACAGUGUCAUGGCCAUAUUAUGCCAAGGAAAAUGUAUCUGUAUGUGUACAGAUUUACAUCAACUCAGGUAUUGGACAGGGUUUACUGUAUAGCAAUUAAAUAAUUAUUUAGGAGGGAUGACAGACACAGACUGGGUGUGUGUUUGUGAGAGAGAGACAGAUGGAUUGUGACUGUGAGAGAGAAUAGAAAUAGGAGAUAGGGUAAAUAUGAAGACUGUACUUUAGUA